UGGCUCCUCUGAGCUGAGGUCCCCAUAUCAAGGCCUGCAUUAGACCCUUGGUUCCCAGGGUCAGCUUUGAGCUGACAGCCUGCUGUGCCUGAAUGGCUUCACCUGUCUGAGCCUCAGUUCUUCCUCUGUAAAAUGGCCGUGGUCAUCCUUGCCUGGCAGACUGGCUGUGAGACUGAAGAUAAGAAGAUUGCAAUAAGUGUGCUUUGUAAAUUACUGGGUGCCGUCUACAUGUGGUGGAGCAUUAGUAGCUAAGACAGAAAUAGUUGGCAUGGUCCUGGGUCAUAGGAGAAGGAGGAGAGAAAAGACUGAGCCAGCAGGUUGAAAGUGGAGACCUUCCCAUUGGUGGGGAGGAAGGUCUGUAUUUCAAGUCAGGAAGCUGGGAAAUAAAAUUAUAAAGGUACAGAAGUAGAACAGUGACAGACUAUCUGACACAGGGAGGAGAGUGUCUUGGCCAGAGAGUGAGCCCCCCAUUACCUGGACUUUGGGUCUCUGGGCUCCCAGGCAGAGAAUCAGCAGCCCUUAUGGUCUCAGAGCUGCAGCCCAGGCCUCCAGUCUUCAAAACUCAUCCAUCAGCAGGGCCACAGGGGAGAGAUGCCUGGAGGAGGCAGUCUGGAGGGAUGAGAGACGCUGCGCUGGCUGUGUAGCUAUUAGGACCAGGUCAGAGCCCCCUAACUAUUCCCAAGCUUCUUUCCUGACAGCAGGGUGGGGACCCCUGGCUAUAGCUUGGGUCAAAAGUGGCCUGGCUAAACUAGGCUCCAAUCCUGUCCAUCCCCUGGGCAGGAGUGGGAAUGAUUGAUACGUUUCCAGUGUGUUCCAGGCGGGGGCUUGGAACCGAUUCAGACCGGCCUGGCUUAGAGAAGCCCCAGGUGGCGGCUCGGGGCUGAGGCUGACCCAUCCAGGCCAGGUCCUGAGCAGUCCAGGCCUGUGGCCACUUCCCAAGUUCUCUCUGUCCUGGGGAUGUACUGCAGGGGGACCAUUGUUGCUCAGCAGCAGCCUCUUCUUCAAAGGAGUUCUGGGAGAGCAGGUUGAGAUGGACUGAGUUUCCAGCCCUUUGCUGUUGAUAGUUCAUAAGUUCCCCUUAUGAACGGAAAAUGACCUGAUGGGAGUAUGGAGGCAGGCAGGAUAUGAGCGAGGGAGACACAGAAGCCAGGGCUGGAAUUAGAACCCAGAAAUUCUAGCUCAGAGUCCCUUGGCCUUUUGCCACUCACAGCGAAACCUACUGGCCACUUGGGUGAACCUCUCUGUCUGAGUGCUAGGCCAAGCAAGGAGACCUAGACAGGAAUCCUGGCUUACAGCGCUCUUCCACCUUGCCAAAUUCUCAUCUCUAAUGGGACCCUGCCUCUUCCUAUAGAAAGAGAGGAAGAAAGGGCUGGGGACACCGAGGUCCAGGGUGACUUGGAUUGCCUCUAGUCCAAGGUCACACAUCAGAAUCAGUGACAGUCUCAGGACUGGGCUUCUGACUCCUAAUUGUUCUGGUGAUUGUGGUUCAGCCUGUCUGUGUCUGUCCUCAAAGUAAUAGUGCUCACGUGAGACUGACUCAGGACAGACAUCUGCUGUCAAAGUCAUGGCAGAAGCUGCUUCAUGGCUUGGCUCUGACAGUGUGGAUGAGGCUGAGGCAGGCUACAGGGCCUAUGGCCAAGGGCUGGAGGCUGGAAGGGAGACCAGGCUCCAGGAGAGAAAGCAAAUCAGACGGCUAAGGGACUGAUGCUGCUUGGUGUCUUUUCUCCAAUCAUGUUCUCUUCCCGAAUGGUGCCUGUCCAGGGCAGUGUUUAGAGAAAACAGAGCUCCUAAGCCCUUGCUUACCCACAGGGAAGAGCACAGACAGAGAAAGGCAGGGACACACAGGCGUUGGCUGCGCACAUGACUUUUGGUGUGAGGGCUAGCUGCUAUGCAGUAGGAUCAUUUUCGUGUAAGGCUCUUUUUUCUUGUGGCUCCCCAGUGUCCAGCCUAGACACUGGAUAGAUUCUGGUAGAAUAAGAGCUCAGCGAGGGUGUGUGGAAAGAGUGACCCAGGUGUGGAAGACCACAGGGCCAGGCUUCCUCCUCCAGGCGCUGGCAGGAGGCAGAAAGCCCAGACCAGGUUGGGUGAGACUGCAGCAUGAGGCGGGACUUGGGCAGUACCAGUGUGGUCUUCAGCACCCUCUCUCCGCAUCUUUGGACUCCACCUGCGGCUCUGUCCUUGUGAACAGUAAUUCUCAAAAUGUAGUCCAAGAACCAGUAACUUCAGUAGUACCGGCAAGCUGGACAGAAAUGUACUCUUGGGCACCACAGAAUUGGAAACUCUGGGUGUGGGUCCAGAAAUCUGUGUUUUAACAGCCCUCCAGACAGUUGGAAUGCAAGCUAAAAUUAGAAAGCUACUGCUGGAGAUCAGCUCAUGCUGGGGCCGGAAAGCCCAAAGCACAGGCAGCUGUCCGGGGUACUCAUCCUGGAAGUGAGAUGCAUAUAUGAACAUCUGACAGGUCUCGGAGGGGUCCACGUGCUGGGCUCUAGGAUCUCCACAGGUUCCCUAGUGCUCUUUGGGAGGCCAGAAAAGCUGAGCAGUUGCCCAGCUGAGAUGGACACACCCAGUGGAAGGCCCUUGUGCCGAAGGGAGCUUGGGGUAUGUGCUAAGAGUAGCAAAGUCCUUUCCUGCACAGAUGGGCUGGGACCAGGGAAUGCAGGGAUCAGUAAGUAUUGCCUAGACAAGAGCACCCCAUCCCUACAGCCACGAAGUGCUGCUCAGCUGGAGAAUUUCCCUUGGCCCUUUCCCAGGGCUGCUCUUAGUGCCCAGCCCAUGGCCUGACCCCUCUUUCUUCCCUGGCUGGGAGAACCCUGGGCGGCUGCCCACCUGGGCCAUCUGCAGGCCCCCCUAAGGAUCUGGAUGUGAGAUCUUGGCUUCUGUGAGCUGCAGGGGACAUGGGGAGGGGAGGGAGGCUCAAGCUCAGAUCUGGUUUCGCUGUUGCUUCCCAUGGCUGCCUGCCACAGGCUGAGCCACCAGCUGGGCUAUAUAAGGCCCGUGGCGGGACUGCUGCAGUAGUGAAGACUCGGACCCCCAGCGAAGGAGACCUGCUCAGAACGGGUGAGCUCCAUGCCCAAGUCCCUCACCUCAUCCCUGCACCCCACUGCCUGGCUUAGCUGCUUUCCCCCGACCACCCCGUUUCUUAUUUUUUUUGCCGGCUGACUUCUCAUCUUCCAUAGAAAAGACUCACCUUUCUUCUUUGAAGUUCUCUCUUUUCUCCAAGUACUCCAGAGUCCUCUUCUUCCCUCAUCUGCGGUUAGGAAACCCACAAAUGGCCCCAUUCUGGGUCUCUAUAUCUCUGGGCGCCCUGCAUUGUUCCUGCAGUCAGCCGGCAUGUGUGGGUUGGGGAGCUUGUGUCAGACAUGUACUAGGGGACGGCGGGAGGCCGAGAAAGCUCCAUGAGCUGUCAGACGGGAAAUGGUUUUUCCACAAGGUGCCCCAGGCCACCUUGGCCUCUCUAACAGUGCUGGAACAGGCUCAGGUUGAGUGCUGUGCAGGCCUGCAGACUGUUCAGUGCCCACGUAGAGCCCAGGGCUUGGGCUGAGUCCCGCACUCACUGGAGAUGGGACCUCCUGGGAACUUUGUUCCUUGGACAAGAGGAUGGGGGUUACCGCUUUUAGGGCCAGACUGUCUGCAAUGUGGAAUUGUUUUUUCCUUCCGCUGGGGCAUCUAAGAGUUUCUGGAUCUAUUUUUCCACUACCAUACUCCAGACUUUGGAGAUUGAAGGGAACCAUUUUUUGGAUCUCCAGAACUGGUCAGAUUCUGGGUUGGCCAGAGCUCUGAGGAGAGAGAGAAAUAUCCUGCUGAUCAAGAGCCUGGGCCACAAAUGAUCUAUGGUUCCUUAACCUCCAAUUACCAGGCCUCCUUUUCUUUCCAGACUCUGCAGCACCUCUCCCAUGCUCAGCAGGUGGGACUCUAAAUCAGCCUCAUGUGAACUGAGAUCCAGAGCCUCCGCAUCUCCCAAGCUGCUCAGCUUUACAACUCAAGCAGAUAUCACACUUGCUGGACUUCAUUCUGUCUUUAACAGGUCAUCGGAUCUGAGAAACCUCCCAGGGAACCACGUUCCAGAAGCGAGUUGGCUUUGUGAAGCUCUCUCCCCACCUCCUGCCACAUUCCCACAGGGCUGGGAGAAAGAUGGAGGGGGCCAUUGCCUGGCUAUUCUCCUUUCUGGUCUUGCAGGUCACCUCUGUGUCAGGGAGGCAGACAGUGCUCACCCAGGGAGUGAGAAGAGUCCAGCCUGGGAAGAGGACCCCUGGUGCCUUUGCCAAGCCUGCUGAUGCCCCGGAGAGUCCCGGGGAGUGGACGACGUGGUUCAACAUCGACCACCCAGGCGGGCAGGGUGACUUUGAGCGACUGGAUGCCAUUCGCUUCUACUAUGGGGACCGCGUGUGUGCCCGCCCCCUGAGGCUAGAGGCUCGGACCACUGACUGGAUACCUGCGGGCAGCAAUGGCCAGGUGGUCCACAGCAGUCCCCGGGAAGGCUUCUGGUGCCUCAACCGGGAACAGCGGCCUGGCAGGAACUGCUCCAACUACACAGUGCGCUUCCUCUGCCAGCCAGGUUCCCUGCGGCGGGACACAGAGCGCAUUUGGGGUCCCUGGUCUCCCUGGAGCAAUUGUUCAGCUCCCUGUGGUCAAACUGGGGUCCAGACCCGCACACGCGCCUUCCUGGCAGAGACGGUGUCACUAUGCAGUGAAGCCGCUGAGGAGGGCCAGCUCUGUGUGAGCCAGGCUUGUACAGCCUGUGACCUGGCCUGCCCCAUGGGCCAGGUGAAUGCUGAGUGUGAUGCCUGCAUGUGUGAGGACUUCAUGCUUCACGGAGCUGUCUCCCUCCCUGGCGGUAACCCAGCCUCAGGAGCCACCGUCUACCUGCUGACCAAGACGCCGAAGAUGCUGACCCAGACAGACAGCAGUGGCAGGUUCCAAGUCCCUGGCUUGUGCCCCGACGGCAAAAGCAAGCUGAAGAUCACAAAGGCCAAGUUUGUCCCCAUCAUUCUCACGAUGCCCAAGACCAAGCUGAAGUCAGCCACCAUCAGUGCAGAGUUCACGAGGGCAGAGACUCCAUACAUCGUGAUGAACCCCGAGACCAAAGCACGGCGAGCCGGGCAGAGUGUGUCCCUGUGUUGUAAAGCCACAGGGAAGCCCAGUCCGGACAAGUAUUUCUGGUAUCACAACGACACACUGCUGGAUCCCUCCCUCUACAAGCUGGAGGGCAAGCUGCUGCUGAGAAAUGUGUGGCCAGAGCAGGCCGGGGAGUACUUCUGCAAGGCGCAGAGUGAUGCGGGAGCUGCGAAGUCGCAGGUUGCCCAGCUGACGGUCACAGCCCCCAAUGAGAGUCCUUGCAACCCAACCCCUGAGAGCUACCUUAUCCGACUUCCCCAUGACUGCUUCCAGAAUGCCACCAACUCCUUCUACUAUGACGUAGGCCACUGUCCUGCCAAGACCUGUGCAGGGCAGCAGGAUAAUGGGAUCCGGUGCCGGGAUGCUGUGGAAAACUGCUGUGGCAUCUCCAAAACAGAGGAGAAGGAGAUCCAGUGUAGUGGGUACACAUUGCCCACCAAAGUGGCCAAAGAGUGCAGCUGCCUGCGGUGUACAGAGACACGGAGCAUUGUGCGGGGCCGUGUCAGUGCGGCAGACACUGGGGAGCCCAUGCGCUUUGGCCAUGUGUACAUGGGGGGCAACCGUGUGAGCAUGACUGGCUACAAGGGCACUUUCACCCUCCAUGUCCCCCAGGACACGGAGAGGCUGGUGCUCACCUUCGUGGACAGGCUACAGAAAUUUGUCAAUACCACCAAGGUCCUGCCUUUCAACAGGAAGGGGAGUGCGGUGUUCCAUGAGAUCAAGAUGCUUCGGCGGAAGGAACCUGUCACUCUGCAUGCCAUGGAGACCAAUGUCAUCCCCCUGGGAGAGGUGGCUGGCGAAGACCCCAUGGCUGAACUAGAGAUCCCAUCCGGCAGUUUCUACAGGCAGAAUGGAGAGCCCUAUGCAGGAAAAGUGAAGGCUAGUGUGACCUUCUUGGAUCCCAGAGAUAUUGCCACUGCCACAGCCACUCAGAGUGACCUGAACUUCAUCAACAGUGAAGGAGACACCUUCCCUCUGCGGACGUAUGGCAUGUUCUCUGUGGACUUCAGAGAUGAGACCACCUUAGAGCCACUGAAUGCUGGCAAGGUCAAGGUCCACCUCGACUCCACCCAGGUCAAGAUGCCAGAACAUGUGCCUGCGAUGAAACUCUGGUCACUCAACCCAGACACGGGGCUGUGGGAGGAAGAAGGUGAUUUCAAAUUUGAAAGGCAGAGGAGGAACAGAAGGGAAGACAGGACCUUCCUGGUGGGCAACAUGGAGAUCCGAGAGAGGAGGCUCUUUAACCUGGAUGUCCCUGAAAGCAGGAGGUGCUUUAUCAAGGUGAGGGCCUACCGGAGUGAGAGGUUCCUGCCCAGUGAACAAAUCCAGGGUGUCGUGGUCUCUGUGAUCAACCUGGAGCCCAGAACUGGCUUCUCGUCCAAUCCUCGGGCCUGGGGCCGCUUUGACAGUGUCCUCACAGGGCCCAAUGGAGCCUGUGUGCCUGCCUUCUGUGACGACCAGGCCCCUGAUGCCUACUCUGCCUACAUCCUCGCAAGCCUGAGUGGGGAGGAGCUGGAAGCAGUGGAGUCUUCUCCUAAGUUCAACCCCAAUGCAAUUGGCGUCCCUCAGCCCUACCUCAACAAGCUCAAGUACCGUCGCACAGAUCACGAGGACCCCCAGCUUAAAAAGACAGCCUUCCAGAUCAGCAUGGCCAAGCCAAGGCCCAACUCAGCUGAAGAGAGUAACGGGCCUAUCUAUGCCUUUGAGAACCUUCGGGCCUGUGAGGAGGCACCUCCCAGUGAGGCCCACUUCCGGUUCUACCAGAUUGAGGGGGAUCGGUAUGAUUAUAACACAGUUCCUUUCAAUGAAGAUGACCCCUUGAGCUGGACUGAAGACUACCUGGCAUGGUGGCCCAAGCCAAUGGAGUUUAGGGCCUGCUACAUCAAAGUGAAGGUCGUGGGGCCAUUGGAGGUGAAUGUGCGAUCCCGCAACAUGGGGGGCACCCACCCACGGACAGUGGGGAAGCUCUAUGGAAUCCGGGACGUGAAGAGCACUCGGGACAGGAACCAGCCCAAUGUCUCAGCUGCAUGUCUGGAGUUCAAGUGCAGUGGCAUGCUCUAUGACCAGGACCGAGUGGACCGCACACUGGUGAAAGUCAUUCCCCAGGGCAGCUGUCAUCGAGCCAGUAUGAACUCCAUGCUCCAUGAGUAUCUGGUCAACCACCUCCCACUGGCAGUCAACAAUGACACCAGCGAAUACACCAUGCUGGCACCCCUGGACCCGCUGGGCCACAACUAUGGAAUCUACACAGUCACGGACCAGGACCCUCGCAUGGCCAAAGAGAUUGCCCUUGGCCGGUGCUUUGAUGGCACCUCUGAUGGUUCCUCCAGAAUCAUGAAGAGCAACGUGGGUGUGGCCCUCACCUUUACCUGCACAGAGAGGCAGGUGAGCCGCCAGAGUGCUUUCCAGUACCUCCAAAGCACCCCAUCUAGGGCUCCUGCUGCAGGCACCCUGCGAGGAAGAGCACCCUCUAGGCGGCGGCAGCGGGCAAGCAGGAGUGGCCAGCGCCAGCAGGGACGGGGCGUCUCGCUGAGACUUCCUCAACAGCCUCUGAGUAACUGAGUCUGUGGUUCUUCACACUCCUCCGCACCUCAGCCACAGCGUGACUGAUGCACGUGCUGCCACUCCGUUAAUUUAAACACAUCUGUUUUGAUGCAGUUUGCUUGUUUCUUCCUGGCUUUGUCCCACAAUACCAGUUGGCACAUAGCCCCCAGAAUGGCCAAGUAAAGCCCUUUCGUGCUUUUUAAAAACAAACACGGGAAUUGGCCCCUGGAACAACUCUGCAGCUGUGUUCUUCAUUUAGUGCUAUGAAUGCAAGUGUACUUCCCGUUCUUUGUGCAUGGUUUUGCCCACCUCUGUAAUAAUGAUAAUCUGAUGCUGAAGAUGAAAUAACUGAUAUAAAGCAUGGCUCUUGGUCUUGCAAAGCCUUAUCACAGCUGAUACAUAUAAAUGGCGGUGAAAUAAAUGACAAUAUUUUUACUCGAAACGUAAAUUUAUUUUGCUGGCCAAAAUUUGGA